AUGGAAACGAUUAAUGUUUGUGUCAUUAUUGGAUUUGUUUUAGGGGUUUAUAUGUUUGUGAGGAAACUCAAUGAAAUAUGGUAUUUGGUUAAGUUGGGAAGAAAGGCUUACAAAUCUCUUCCUCCUGGUGAUAUGGGAUGGCCUCUUCUUGGCUCCUCCUUCUCCUUUUACAAAGCAUUUACGGUCGGAGGUGAUCCCGACUCUUUCAUUAAUCACCUUCUUUCCAGGAAUGGAAGAGUCGGGAUGUAUAAAAGUCACCUCUAUGGAAGCCCAACCAUCAUCGUAACAGAUCCAGAAAUAUGUCGACGUAUAUACUUAGAUGAUGAAAUCUUCCGGCCAAAUUAUCCAAAAUCGGUGAAGAUAUUAGAAGUAAAUGGCCUUUUCUCAAGGAUGGAUCACAAAUGUGCAUAUAGAAUCAUGGCAGCUCCCAUAAAUGGCUAUAAUGUAUUAUCUCAUUAUGUGGACUUCAUUGAUCAAAUAAUGGCAAAAGGCUUGGAGGAAUGGAGCACCAAGAAAGAGCCCAUUGAGUUGUUUGGUGAGAUUGGAAGUCUCUUUUUUAGAGUAAUUUCACGUAUUUUCUUGGGGACUGACAUUGGACCAUCUCGCAUGGCUGAGCUUGAGACAUUGUAUAAAGAUUUGGGUCCUGCAAUCUUGUCCAUUCUUCCUUAUGAUUUGCCUGGACUCACUUUUCAUCGCGCACUGAAGGCAAGAAAAAAGAUAGAAAAUAUUCUACAAUGUGUGAUAGAGGAGAAACGAAGAGCCCUAGAAAAGCAAGAAAGAGAGGUGGAGAGCCAGAUGGACAAAUUGAUUAUGGCAAGGGAUGAGAAUGGGAUGAAAUUAUAUGACAACAAUGCCAUUAUAGACUUGCUUCUUGGAUUGCUACAUGGUGGCCAUCAUACCCCAGCUUAUGCUGCUAUGUGGGCUCUCGUACACAUCUCUGAGAACCCUCAUAUCUUCUACCAGGCCAAGGAAGAGCAAGAGUCGAUUCUAAAGCAAAGACCAUCCACUCAAAAGGGAUUAACUUUUCAAAAAAUCAAGCAAAUGAAAUAUCUUAUGAAGUUUAUUAAUGAGCUAUUGAGAAGAAAUACUAUCGCCGUUGCAAGUUUCCGAGAAGCAAAAACAGAUAUAAACAUCAAUGACUACACCAUACCAAAAGGAUGGACCGUACUGAUUUGGACAAGAGCUAUUCAUAUGGACCCUCAAUUAUAUUCAAAUCCAGAAGAGUUUGAUCCUUCAAGAUGGGAGAAUCAUUCACCAAAGCCAGGAACAUUCAUCCCUUUUGGAAUCGGAACUAGAUUUUGUCCUGGAAGUGAGCUUACCAAGCUUGAGCUUACAAUUUUACUUCAUCACUUUAUCCUGAAUUACAAAAUGGAACGUGUCAAUCCAAAAUGCUGCAUCACUCACUUGCCUGCCCCCAAGCUCGUAGACAACUGCCUUUGCACAAUUACCAAGCUCCCAUGA